CACUUGUUUUAGUCUCACAUUUUCCACUUCUCUAUCUCUACAAACCUUUAGGUGUGAUUAAGGAACCGAGAGCUGAAAGUUUUCUUUGUUUCUUUUUCUGUCGUGCGUUGAAUCAUCACUCUGUAUUCAUGGCUACUCAAGGUCAAGUCAUCACCUGCAAAGCUGCGGUGGCCUGGGAACCCAACAAACCAUUAGUGAUUGAAGAUGUUCAGGUAGCUCCACCACAAGCUGGUGAAGUUCGAAUCAAGAUAUUAUACACUGCUCUUUGUCACACUGAUGCUUAUACAUGGAGUGGCAAGGAUCCUGAGGGGCUCUUCCCUUGCAUUCUUGGUCAUGAGGCCGCUGGGGUUGUUGAGAGUGUUGGUGAAGGAGUUACUGAAGUUCAACCUGGGGACCAUGUUAUCCCUUGUUACCAAGCAGAAUGCAAGGAAUGCAAGUUCUGUAAAUCAGGAAAGACAAAUCUCUGUGGCAAAGUCCGGUCUGCUACUGGAGUUGGCGUUAUGAUGAGUGAUCGCCAGAGUCGUUUCUCAGUGAAUGGAAAACCCAUCUAUCAUUUUAUGGGAACCUCAACAUUUAGUCAGUACACUGUUGUACAUGAUGUCAGUGUUGCAAAGAUUGACCCAAGUGCACCUUUAGAUAAAGUAUGUCUGCUAGGUUGUGGUGUUCCCACUGGUCUUGGGGCAGUUUGGAAUACAGCUAAAGUUGAGGCAGGUUCAAGUGUUGCUGUCUUUGGUCUUGGGACAGUUGGCCUAGCUGUUGCAGAGGGUGCAAAAGCAGCUGGUGCAUCACGUAUAAUUGGCGUUGACAUUGACAGCAAAAAGUUUGAUAGAGCAAAGGAUUUUGGGGUUACAGAAUUUGUGAACCCAAAGGACCAUGAUAAACCUAUUCAGCAAGUCCUUGUUGACAUGACGGACGGUGGAGUUGACUACAGUUUCGAGUGCAUAGGCAACGUGUCUGUGAUGAGAGCUGCUCUGGAGUGUUGUCAUAAGGGUUGGGGGACAUCAGUUAUCGUGGGUGUUGCUGCAUCAGGUCAAGAGAUAUCUACUCGCCCUUUUCAGUUGGUCACUGGACGUGUUUGGAAGGGAACUGCCUUUGGUGGAUUCAAGAGUCGUUCUCAAGUACCAUGGCUUGUUGAAAAGUACAUGAAGAAGGAAAUCAAGGUUGAUGAGUACAUAACUCACAGUCUGACCCUUGGUGAGAUCAAUAAGGCCUUCGACCUGAUGCAUGAAGGAGGUUGUCUUCGAUGUGUACUUGAAGUGCACCCUUGAGGUGAUUCAGAUGUUUCUGAUCCCUAAUCAUGCCUUAUAUAUGUAAAAGCAAAACUCUAGUGUCAGUCUCUUCUGUCUGUUUCUCAUUUCAAGCUUAAAGUCUAAUGUCUAAGGUUAUCAAUUUACUCUACAAAAACCAACAGUGUUUUCUUUCAUGUCGACCUUCUUUUUGUGUUGGGCUUGGAUCGUAUUUCGUCUUGAGACUAAAGACAGUCUAUAUAGUGUACCAGACAGUCAGAAUGAAGCAGUGAAGGUUUAAGGACUCAAGCAGUGGAUGUUAAGGAGUAGUGUGAGUUGCACGUGACAGGUUUAUAUUUCUGUUAAGUCACGCAUGUAUCACGUACGUGUGUAAUGUCUCUGAGCUGUUAUUAGUUGUCAGUUACGGUCUGUAUAAAAGCUGCUAUUACAGCUUUUGUCUGGGUAUUGGAUUCUCUGAUUAUGAUCAAUCAGAUUAAUUGUUUUUCAUCA